AUGGAAUUCAUUCAUUUUGAGAAGCAGGAAGCAUCGCUUUGUGCACAGCAUGCUGUAAAUAUGCUUCUUCAAGGCUCAUAUUUCACAGCAGUGGAUUUAGCUGAAAUUGCUUCAAAAAUUGAUAUGCGCGAACGAAUAAUGAUGAAUGGAAAUAGUGAAAAGAGUCAGAAUUAUGAUGAUUCAGGUUUCUUUUCUGUUCAGGUCAUUGCUGAAGCGCUCAAAGUUUUCAGCUUAGAACUUAUUCCUCUUAAUAGUUCUCGUGCUGCAGCUUAUCGUAACAAUCCAACGUUAGGGCAAGCUUACAUAUGCAAUUUGAAUCAACACUGGUUUGCUGUACGUCGGAUUGGUUUGCAGUGGUUUACAUUGAAUUCCUUGCUUUCAACUCCUAAACUGAUCACAGAUACAUAUCUCAAUCUUUUUUUUGCUCAGCUAAUUCAGAGUGGAUACUCAAUAUUUCUUGUGGAUGGUACUCUUCCAUUAUGUAUCGCUGAUGAAAGACUACUUCAUUUUCCUGUUGAUCCGUCUUUAGCAGGAAAGAGCGAUCUAUAUCCUGUUCCUACUACUUUUUCAAAUUCUGAACCAAUUCCUAAGGAAAUGGAUGAUGAAGAUGAGGAUUUGCAGUUGGCACUAACACUGAGUCGUCAAGCAAUGGGUGGUUCAAAACCUACGAAGGCAAUGACCGAUGAAAUGGUGAAUGCUGGUAAUCAUGGUAAUUGGAAUGAUAGUGAUGACGAGGCCUUGCAAAACCAACUUAAGGAGGCGAUUCGAUUAAGCAUGGAGUCUUAUAAAGAAGAAAAUGUAGCGGGACCCUCUAAAGUGUUACCGAAUGUUGUCGGAUUGAACGAAGCACCAAUCACUGAUGAGAACAAGUCGGACAGUUUUAUUCCUCCGGGUGAAGAAAUUCGUAAAAAACGUGAAAAUUUUUUAAAACGAUUUCCAAUGUAA